AGAUAGGGGAAAAAAGAAAAGAAUUUACAAAACACAAAAAGCGAGAAAGGUGUGUCUCUGUGCACGGUGAAAUUUUGUGACUACAGUAAUCGUUCCAAUCCGUGCCGACCGUGCAUUCUGAGUGCCUAAUUACAUAAUGGGCGUCCAGUGUCGCGUGCAUUCGUCGCGAAGGAAAGUUUAAGCGCAGCGUGGGCUCGUGCUGCCAGCAAGGACGUCGGCAAGGGGAACAACCUUUGCACGACGGGACGGGAUUACCCCUAUCGGCUGUGGCGGAAACGAGGGGGGGAAUUGAUCCGCCGUCGACGUUGCCUCUGGGCUGCCGCCACUGCUCGGUAACGCGACCAUCGCUCCCCUCCCGUCACGCGCGCCUUUCAUCUUUCGCCCUCUCUCUCGCUCGUUUCCCCAACGUGCCGACAUUUUUUCGACAUUCUACCUGCGUGCUGCGGCCAGCGUCUCAGCUAGCACCCCUCCGCCCCCGCAUCAUCCUGUCAUAUCGAGUGCGAGUGUUACCGUAACGUGGUGUUGUGUGGUGUCCGCCGCUUCCGCCCCACGCACUGCCGUACGCACGCACGCACGUCCCGUGUUUGGCUGCCCGGUUUUGAAAAGAGAGCGAAAGUGUUGGGAGUGCGCGUCGCUCGGGAGAGAGAGAUAUAGUGCAAUAGUGAGAGAGCGAGAGCGUGUAGUAGUAGCAGCAGCAGCGGAGGCCAGCAGCGACCCCAGCAGCAGGCUCCAAGGAUCCAAAGGAAGAGGAAAUUUUGUUUUGGGAGCUGGCGCACGGGCAAAACCAAAAAUAGUGCAAAAUGUGGAACAUGAUGUGCGACGUGAUGCCGACCAUCUCGGAGGACAACAUCUCCCAGCGGUCGUCCCAGUUCAGCGGCGAGGAUGCCAACUUCGAGCAGCUGAUGGUGUCGAUGCUGGACGAGCGGGACAAGCUGAUGGACAGCUUGCGCGAAACCCAGCAGCGGAUGGCGGACAUGGAGAUGAAAAUCCAGGAGGUGGAAAAGGAGCGGGACAGUCUACACCGUCAGAUUGCGGCCAAUUUACCACAGGAAUUCUCGACCCUUACCAAAGAGCUAACGCAGGCCCGCGAGACGCUGCUCGAACGAGAUGAAGAAAUCGGAGAGCUGAAAGCGGAACGAAACAACACCAGGCUCCUGUUGGAACAUCUCGAGUGUCUGGUGUCCCGGCACGAGCGUUCGUUACGCAUGACGGUGGUGAAGCGCCAGGCAGCAUCCCAGAGCGGCGUAUCCAGCGAGGUGGAGGUGCUGAAGGCCCUCAAAAGUUUGUUCGAGCACCACAAGGCGUUGGAUGAGAAGGUUCGAGAGCGACUCCGAAUAUCGUUAGAGAAAAAUAAUGAUCUAGAAGCGGAACUCAACCAAACCAAAGAGGAGCUUCAGCAAUACAAGUCGGGUGUAUUGUCCAACCAAUCGGACCCUUCGCUAGACAGCAGCAGCGAAAAGAAGGAUGCAUUGAAGAACGGUGAGGCCGGAGAAAUGAUCGACUACAGCGCAAAGACGCACGAACUGCAGACGAUCAUCGAAAAGCAAACGGCCGAACUGUCCCAGUGGCAACGGCGCGUGUCCGAUCUGAACACCAAGAUCAACGAGAUGGAGGACAACAUGUGCAAGCUGCAGAAGGAGUACACCAAGUCGCAGGAAGCGUGCGUGAAGCUGCAGCGCGAUCUGCGCGAAAACGUUGCCCAGAAAGAGGACCAAGAGGAGCGCAUUGCGACGCUCGAGAAGCGCUAUCUGAAUGCGCAGCGCGAAUCGACCUCGCUGCAUGACCUGAACGAGAAGCUUGAGCAGGAAUUGCGCCACAAGGAGGCUCAGCUGAAGCUGCAAGAAGGUAAAAUAGCGGCGAUACAGGAAAAGCUAGAACUUUCCGAGCAGAAGCUGGCCCAGUUCUCGAAGCUGCCGGAAAUGGAGGAACAGCUGAAGGCGCGAAUGGAAGCCCUAACACAGGUAGGCAAACAGGCACAGGAGCGGCACGGUUCGGCCGAGGAUCGUAUUACGCGGCUGGAAAACAAUGUGGAGGAAAAGAAUGCGGAAGUCAUGCGUCUCAAUCAAAGACUGAAGAUGAACGAAGAGCACAAUCAGCGGCUAUCGUCGACGGUGGACAAACUGCUGGCCGAGUCGAACGACCGGUUGCAGGUCCAUUUGAAGGAACGCAUGACGGCGCUGGAGGAGAAGAACACGCUCACGCAGGAGCUCGACAAGGCGCGCAAGUACGCCGAAGAGCUGUGCCAGGAGAAAUCCGAUAUGCUCAAGGAGAUCGCCAAGAACCGGCUGGAGAUGGAAACGUUCAAGCGUCAAAUAUUGCAGCAGGAAAUUGCGUACAACAUCCAGCAAACGGAAGCACUAACCAGAAGCUUAUCACCAAACGCGGUGGGCAAUCCGUCCGCCAACAGUGGAUUUUCGCGCAGCGGGUCGGCCACCUUCAGCACGCACAGCUUGCGGCGGAACAAGUCGACGCUGGAGGAGGAACACUUUAACCGCUCGAUGGCGGAACAGGACUGGAACAAGCUGCAGCACAUGACCAAUGCACAAGUAUUUGACGGUGGCGUGCUCGAGGGCGCGGACGAGGCGGACAAUCUGUUCGGCACGGGCGACAUCAUUUCGCCGACCGGACACACCGAUGCACAAACGUUGGCGAUCAUGCUGCAGGAGCAGCUCGAUGCAAUCAACAAUGAGAUCAGGUUAAUACAGGAGGAAAAACAGUCCACAGAAGCACGAGCAGAGGAGCUGGAAUCUCGUGUCGGCAGCUUGGAGCAUAUGAACCUGUUAGCCCGUGGCCGGUCGAUGGACCGCCAGAGUCCACCGCUCAGCGGUAGCAGCACACCAAACAGUCCCAAUCGUGACUACCUUCAAAAGUACCACACGGCGCCAGCGUCGAUGUCGCCAGCGCAUUUGCAUCAAUACGUAACCACUUUGAAUCAAGUUCCGUUGUCCGAAUCGUUACCCUCUAGCCAAGUACAGCUGGCACAUCUGCAGUCGGAAAUGCAACACGAUGAUAUGGGCAAUGCGGACCACGACAUGUCUGCCAGCGGCGGUGUUUGCGGAGGAGAUAACAGUUCCGGCGGCACCAUAUCGCCCGCCACCGCUCGCACCAUGCGGCUGGAACGUUUCGCACUAGCAUUAGCGCACAGCCAGGAGGAACUGAAACGACGGUCGCAAGGAGUCGUCCAUGGAACGGAAUUUCCGAACGAGUCCAGGAAUCAUUUUGUGGCCAGCAGCAACUACGGCAUGUCGCCCCUGAACUCGCGCCACGGAAGCCAGGAGUCGCUGAAGCACCUGAGCAUGGUCAGCUCGCUCAGUUCUCUACAAACGCCAACCGCCAGCCGGGGAGGAGAUGCCGUAUCGGCGGCACAAAAGAAGAAGGGCAUCAAGUCCAGUUUGGGACGGUUCUUUAGCAAAAAGGAGAAGGUAAAAGGUGUGAAGGAUUCCUCGAUGCCAGACGGCUCUACUAGCAUGAUGUCGAUGAGCGGGCUUUCGCUGAUCAGCGAUAUUGACUCCACGUACGAUAAUAUAAGCGUAUCCGGCUACAGACCACCGGGCAAGUCGAAUCCGAUCGAUUACACCCGGCAAAAGAAGAAGGAACACGACUAUCGGCACGAUCUGCUGGGCGAAGCCAUGAAAGCCGGCACACCGUUCGCGCUGUGGAACGGGCCAACGAUUGUCGCAUGGCUAGAGCUGUGGGUCGGCAUGCCGGCCUGGUAUGUGGCUGCCUGCCGUGCCAACGUGAAAUCCGGUGCCAUCAUGAGCGCGCUUAGCGAUACGGAAAUCCAGCGCGAAAUCGGUAUCAGCAACCCACUGCAUCGGCUAAAGCUGCGCCUUGCCAUACAGGAAAUGGUGUCGCUGACGUCACCAUCGGCACCGCAAACCACGCGGACAACGCUGGCAUUCGGAGACAUGAAUCAUGAGUGGAUAGGGAACUAUUGGUUGCCUAGCUUGGGUCUACCUCAGUACCGUACUACGUUCAUGGAGUGUCUGGUGGACGCUCGCAUGCUAGAUCACCUCAACAAGAAGGACCUGCGCGGUCAGCUGAAGAUGGUGGACAGCUUCCAUCGGACCAGCCUGCAGUUUGGCAUCUCCUGCCUGAAGCGACUGAACUACGAUCGCGCGGCACUGGAGGAGCGACGAAAGGCGUCCGAAAACAGUCUCAGUGAUGUGCUGGUGUGGACAAACGAUCGCACAAUGCGAUGGGUGCAGAGCGUUGGUCUCAAGGAAUAUGCCAACAAUCUGCUAGAAUCCGGCAUACACGGCGCCCUGAUAGCGUUAGAUGAAAGCUUCGAUGCUAAUUCCAUGGCCCUAGCUUUGCAAAUUCCAACCCAAAACACACAGGCUAGACAAAUUUUAGGCACGGAAUUUAACAAACUGCUCGAACUGUCCACCGAACGGCGCACGGAUCGAGAUUCAAUCAAAUCUUGACAUAAUCCUAGUCAUCCUAGUCUAAAUGGAUAAUAAAGCGGAUCACUGCGCAAUGGAGCGAGGAGGAGGAGGAGGAGGUAAAAGAGAGAAAGAGAUAGUAUUUUAUGGGCAACAUGAAUGCAACAAAGCAAGGCUAGCAAGCGAACGGGACGAGGGGGUAAACCGUUACACAAAUCAGAAGGGAGCAGCAGCAAGCACACAGACCCAAGAUGCGUGACGCAAGUCGAAUAUUCAAAGAUACAUACCAGCAGCAUUAGUAAAGCAAACGAUUACUAGUAAGCGACAAGUAUAAGAGGGGAAAGGGAGAGGGGGGUGGAAAGGAUACCGAAAAGAGAUCAUAUGUGGGAAGGGAGAAAGGGAACACAGUUGUAGCAGAUGGGGAGAGGUGGGCAGGGUAGUAGAAAGUAUAAUAGAGGGAAACAAUAUAUAUAUUAUAUAUACACACACACACACAAACAAACAAACAAACACAGACACGGCCAGACACAUACACACAAACAUGUUUGUCCUGCAGCGUACGGCAAACGGUCGUCGUAUAACGUUUUUGGGUAGUAGAAUGGGCCGCAAAAGGAAGGGGAAGGGAUCUAUCUAUCUAAAUACAACAUUGUCAUAAGUUUAAGGCAAUUGAUCGCUCGCGCAUCACGGGGAAAAGGAAGAAGAGCUGAGGGAGGAAAGGAUGAGCUCUAACCACACUACCCCUUUUCGAAGCUAUGUAUGUAUAUGUAUGGUAUAGGUUGAAACAAAACAAAAAUGAUAACCCAAGUGACAUGAGAACAGGAGGGAGUGCAGCAGAAGGACCUGCAGGGAAGAUCAGUAGUAGAGAUACCCAUAACACAAACACCCACACACACACACACACACCCACACAUACAGAAACAAAACAUCCCUCAAACAGCAGACGCAAACGAUGGAAAGAAGUGUCUCCAAACUUUAAAAGAACAAAGCAAAACAAAAAACAAAAAACAAAACUACCGCUAAUUGUAAAGAUAUACUUAUAAUCCCGGCA